CUUAACCAAGACAACAAAAUAUCAUUGACUUAGAUCUCGAUCCAAAAAAUAAAUAAAUUAGAAAUGGUAUAUAGAUCUACAAUCUAGAUCUAGAAGUCUAUAUAUCUAUGUUCUAUAAAGCAUUUUCAUCUUCUUUCAUUCUUAGAUUCUAUUAUACAUUUUUAUGGGUUAUAUGAAUAUAUCUAGAAAUACCGGUACCAUAACUUAAUCCAUCAUUAUCAUAAGAUGAUAAGGGCCGUAAGUCGUAAAGGCUAAAGCUAAGGGCAGUAACUUCAGUAAGGCCCUAAUUAUAAUUUAUAAUAGGCUAAGGAAUAUUAAAUGUAGCUGAAAGUCAGACCUCGAUAGUAUUACAUGAUGACAGACACAGAGCUCGAUUCUUUUAAUCUAAACAAUUUAUUAAAACAUGUGAAGGAAGAAGUGGACGAAGCAGUUACUGUAACACAAACCUGUGAAAAUGAAGAUUUCAAAGCAUCUGUAAUAAAAAUGGAGAAAAAAGAAUUGGAAGGAGACGUGUAUACCCAUCAUUCAGAAAAUUGUUAUUCUGAAAAAUCUUGUAAUGUAAAUCUUGGGCAUGAGGAUGAUUCUAUAAAGCAAGAGAUGACCAAUGGUACAGACAGUAAUAAACCUUGGUGCUUGGCUUCAGGAUUAUUGGCUGUGUCAAUGAAGACAAACAACAGUCUUUAUCCUGUACCUAUUGUUAUGCCAAAUUCCACUCGACCUGGUCACACAUAUGGUUCAGAAGUUUCUGUGAGUCAGGACUUUAAGAAAGAAAAGAAAACGACUUCAGAAGUAAAUAUACCCACUGAAAACAUACAAGAUCAAAUUGAAGGAAGUCAUUCUAAAGAAAUACAAACAUCUUGUCAUCAAGCUAGAAAAAAACACAAAUGCCAGAUAUGUCUUAAUGAAUUUGCUAAACCUUCUUAUUUAAAAAUACACCAGCAAAUUCAUACUGGAGAAAAGCCGUUCAAAUGUCAAAUAUGUCUAAAAGAAUUUUCUCAAUCUGCUAAUUUAAAAACCCACCAAGUGAUUCAUACUGGGGAAAAACGGUUUAAAUGUCAAAUAUGUCUAAAAGAAUUUUCUCAAUCUGCAAAUUUAAAAACCCACCAAGUGAUUCAUACUGGAGAAAAACGGUUUAAAUGUCAAAUAUGUCUAAAAGAAUUUUCUCUAUCUGCAAAUUUAAAAACCCACCUAGUUACUCAUACUGGGGAAAAACGGUUUAAAUGUGAAAUAUGCCAAAAAGUAUUUAGCCAUUCUGCAUCUUUGAAAAAUCACCAAGUGAUUCAUAGUGGAGAAAAGUCGUUCAAAUGUCAAAUAUGUCUAAAAGAAUUUUCUCAAUCUGAAAUUUUAAAAACCCACCAAGUGAUUCAUACUGGGGAAAAACGGUUUAAAUGUGAAAUAUGUCUAAAAGAAUUUUCUCAAUCUGCAAAUUUAAAAAGCCACCAAAGGAUUCAUACUGGGGAAAAACGGUUUAAAUGUGAAAUAUGCCUAAAAGUAUUUAGCCAUUCUGCAUCUUUGAAAUAUCACCAAGUCAUUCAUAGUGGAGAAAAGCCCUUCAAGUGUGAAAUAUGUCUAAAAGAAUUUUCUCAAUCUGCAAAUUUAAAAACCCACCAAGUGAUUCAUACUGGGGAAAAACGGUUUAAAUGUGAAAUAUGUCUAAAAGAAUUUUCUCAAUCUGCAAAUUUAAAAACCCACCAAGUGAUUCAUACUGGGGAAAAACUGUUUAAAUGUGAAAUAUGCCUAAAAGUAUUUAGCCGUUCUGCAUCUUUGAAAUAUCACCAAGUGAUUCAUACUGGGGAAAAACGGUUUAAAUGUGAAAUAUGUUUUAAACAAUUUUCAUAUUCCUCAACUUUGAAAAAUCACCAGCUGAUUCAUACUAGCGAAAAAAACAUUUAAAUGUGAAAUAUGUCUAAAAGAAUUCUUUAUAAUAUCACACUUAAAAAAUCACCAGCUGAUUUAUACUGGCGAAAAAACAUUUAAAAUCCCAAAUAUGUCAAAGCUAUUUACUAGACCUUCAGGGUUAAAGCAGCACUUACUGGUUCAUGCUUGUGAAAAACCAUUCAAAUGUCAACUAUGUCAAAAAGGAUUUACUACUUCUAGAGAUUUGAAACUUCACCAAGUUAUACAUACUGGGGAAAAACCAUUUAAAUGUCUGGUUCAUACUUGUGAAAAACCAUUCAAAUGGCAACUAUGUUUAAAUGGAUUUACUACUUCUAAAGAUUUAAAAAUUCACCAAGUAAUCCAUAAUGGUGAAAAAACAUUUGAAAUGUCAAAUACUGAUAUGUCAAAAGGGAUUCACUAGAUCUUCAAACUGUUGAAAAAAAAAAAGCAUUAAAAUGUUAAAAAGGAAGGAUUCUUACUUCUCUAUGCUUGAACAAACACUUCAGGAAGUGGACUGUCAUUGUUAUUAUCACAACUACCUUAAGCAUAUGAACAGGAGACUCAGACAUAUCAUGGAAACAUGAUCCUAGUCAUCUGUUAAAACCAUCUGUACCUGAGAAUGGCUUGCAUACUUUACCCUAAUGAAUGACAGAUUGGAAUGACGGAUGAAAAGUAAAAUGAAACUUGAUAAUUAUACCAGUUUUCCUAAAGAUUUCUAUUGACAUAUGAGAGGACAAACAAUUGAAGAACAUAAUUAAGACUAAUGAUAGAAAAACCUACAAGUGAAAUCAAAGAUUCUAAAACAAGAGCUUAGAUAAAGCCGUUACUAUUUAGUACAAGAGAUGAGGACACUGAAACUGCCAACUAUUCGAACUACCAAAACAAAAAUAGUUGUAGACCUAUGGUUCCAGAACUUGUUGUGCCAGUCAAGAUAACCAGGAGUGGACAAGCUGUCCAUUCCCUAAGUAGCCAUCAACCUUAAGAACUUUAAAAAGGAAGAAUCUAAUAAGAUCUUAAAAAGGAAAGUUGGGAUAAAUUGUAUAUUACAUUAGGCCUAUUUCUUAUUGAUGUAUUGUGAAAACUACUACUAUGUAUUAAAAUAGUGACUUUUAAUGUCUUUUCUUACCGAA